AUGGCGGCGACAGUGCCGCCAGUGAAUGAUGACCCCGGUCAACUCGAUCCACAUCUCGAUCCACUUGCCGAUCAGGUGGAUAGUGACCUGGACGCCGAAGGGGAGGAAGAAACAGAUAUGUAUGGAAUGGAUCAACAACUUCAGGAUGCCGUUCAUCGAGCCUACACUGGCGAAUUGGGCGAGGAAGUAGGUCAGAGCUGGACCAAUGGAGAAGUGCACUCAGUAAAUGCUCAGCCAGAUGGUGACAAUGAUGAGACCGAACCUGUUGGUGCCGUGAAGCUUCCAGAUGAUGCAGCAUUGUCAGAUGACGAAGAUGAAGAGUCAGCGGACUCUGAUCCCCCAUUCGAAGACGAUGAUAAUGAGAACGACCGCGACGUUUCAGAGCACAGUGAACCAGAGUCAGAGGCAGAAGAAGACUGGGAAGAUGAAAGCAAUGGACAAGAAGACGGAGACCUCGACAUCCCAAGCCGCGCAACUUGCCUGUUUUGUAGCCAAGACGAGGAACACGACCCCGGUGAAGACUUUGAAGAAUGGCUUUCAUGUAUUGUUUGUGGUGAUCAUUCCCAUCGACAAUGCGCCCGUGAUCAGGAUGCGUUUAAUGACAGUGAUGACCCCUGGAGAUGUCCUACUUGUGCAGGGAAUGGCUUUGAACCUGACCCUGCAGAGACCUCUGAAACACAACCAAAGUCUGGGACAACACAUCUUCCUAAAGAACUCUUACCUGCUCACACGGGAGCUUCAAACUCUGGAUUCCACUCCAUUUUUGACACCAAAAUCAACGAGGAUGUACUGAAUAGCUCACGUUCGCUACGAAAGCGAAAAGCGUCGGACGUGGAAGAGCAUGUGCCCGUUCUUCGGAAACGACGACGUCAAACAGAAUUCUCCCUUUUAACCGAUGGAGCAAUCGAUGGUGCAGAUGUAAAUGCAAAUGCAGGCGCAGGCGAGACCUCCCCUGCUCAGCGUCCUACGCGUUCUCGUCGGGCCCGUGGUCUUGAUCAAAACUGCCGAAUAGUUUCAAGAGGAUUUAGCAAACUCAUUCUUGGAUUUCGGAUCGGCGGCGGCAACGCGGAAAGAGCUAUCAUCGCUCAAAGUCGACCGCAGCGUCGGAGAAAGAAAGCAUCAAAACCCCCACCUGUACCUCAACCACCCCAAGCUCAUUUUGCCCCUAUCCCCCCUGUACCCUACAACUACAUUACUCCCUUUCAUGACCGUGAUGGUGAUGACUCCAAAUCCAAGCCGUAUGGAGGUAUUUUGACCGACACCGAGGCAGACACCUCAAAGACUCUCCCUACGCAGCUUGACCGCGAAAAGUUCGAACACGCGCGCCAAAAAGCCGAAGAUGAAUGGCAACAGAAAGUCCGAGAAGCUGAGCUUAAUGGCGAGGCUCCACCGUCAGCAUCACAAAAAGUUUCAGGGCCACCUUCAAAGAUCAAGUGCAUUAACUUUGGUGGCUAUGAGAUCGAGACCUGGUAUGCAGCCCCUUACCCAGAGGAGUACAGCCGGAACCGCGUGCUCUACAUUUGUGAAUUUUGUCUAAAGUACAUGAACUCCGACUAUGUCGCUUGGAGGCACAAACUCAAAUGUCCGGCCAAACACCCUCCAGGAGACGAAAUUUACCGCGACGGCUCCGUGUCAAUCUUUGAGGUUGACGGACGGAAGAACCCAGUCUACUGUCAGAAUUUGUGUCUCCUAGCCAAGCUUUUCCUCGGCUCCAAGACUCUUUACUAUGAUGUGGAACCUUUCCUGUUCUACGUGAUGAGUGAGUACGAUGAUCUUGGCUGUCAUUUUGUUGGAUAUUUCAGCAAGGAAAAGCGACCAAGCUCCGCCAAUAACGUUUCAUGUAUUCUCACCCUUCCCAUUCAUCAACGAAAGGGGUACGGCAAUCUCCUGAUUGAUUUUUCAUACCUCCUCACCCGCAUCGAGGGUAAGAAUGGAUCACCCGAAAAACCACUUUCUGAUAUGGGUCUUGUAUCAUAUCGCAACUACUGGCGGUUAAUUCUUUCAUAUCAGCUGCGAGAUUUGAAAACGCCUAUCAGCAUUGCUGAUCUCUCUGACCGGACGGGGAUGACAGCAGAUGAUUUAGUAUCAGCCCUGGAAGGACUUCGGGCUCUCGUACGGGACCCGAUUACGAAAACCUACGCGAUCCGCUUGGAUACCAAGUACUUUGAAGAAGUCAUCAGUGGUUGGGAGAACAAGGGUUACGUUCAGCUCAAUCCUGAUGCUUUGCAAUGGACCCCGUACGUUAUGGGUCGCAACAACCAGUCACACUUUGAACAUGCUCCCAUGCAUGCCGUUGCUGCUCGGGACGACGAGGACGAAGACGAGACUGAUGAAAGCCCCAUGAUGAAUGGCGGAUUUGGAGAAACAGCUGGACCACCUUCUACUGCUCAUCUCUUAACCAACGGGGUGCAUCCACACCGCGAACCAUCUCCUAUUCCAAAUCCGGCUGCCGGGAUUCCUCCCUCUCGCUUUGAACUGUGGCCUCCCGUUCAUGUUCCCGCAUCGAGGGGGCGUAAACCUGGUCGUCCUCCAUCAGGCAGAAAAACCAGCCACCGGGGAUCGAUUAUGCCAAGCACUCCGCGCACCAGCGGUCGCAACACACCGCGUCGGGGAUCUGCUCUGCCAGCUUUUACCCCGAUGACCAAUUCACCAAUGCGGCGAGGUCGUAGCGCCCUACUCACCGGCUCCCCGGCAGUGGAGGACACUACAGAAGACACUCCUCAAGAGGACACUCCUCAGCCUCAGCCCAAGGGUGUUGAUACCGAGGAAGCCGUCGAAGAGAACGCAGAUCCCACUCCUUCUGUUGGUUUGGAUGGGGCGUUCGACAGCAGAGACGAAACGGCAAAUGUGAACGGAGAAGCUGAGACGAACGGAGUCCACUCGGAAAGUCCUGUAAAAAGCCCGGUGCCCAGAACACCACAAAAGAAAACACAUUUGUCGCGAUCACCCGGAACCGCAACAUCCCACCGAUCAAAGCGAUUCGAGAAUCAGCAGAGCCAGAACCAGAAUCCCACCAAGACACCCCAAUCUGUCGGCCGCAAGGCGCUGAUUGAAAAAGUGCAAGUGAUGAUUCCGGCCGAGAUAGAUUCACCUUCUCGGCGCGGCAAAAAGGCUGUGACCAAGACCAACGGGAUCAGUGAGCAUGCCUCGACAGCCGAUGAUGACGCAGAUGCCGAAUACGAGGCCGACGGAGACGUGGUAAUGGAGACAUGA